ACGGUUGGAUCAUUUCCAGUGCCCUUUUAUAAGGACCAAGGCAGCAGCUCAAUGCACCACAGUUAUGCAAAAUGGAUAGGUACCAUGCAAAAGCAAUUCUUUUGGUCUUGGCAUUUGCACUUCUAAGCAAAGGGUAUGCACAGGACUCAGGGACUCUUGUUCCGGCCAUCAUAACCUUUGGUGAUUCUGCAGUAGAUGUUGGAAACAAUGACUAUCUCCCCACCCUUUUUAAGGCUAAUUACCCUCCUUAUGGAAAGGACUUCGUCAAUCACAAACCUACUGGGAGGUUUUGCAAUGGGAAGUUAGCCACUGAUAUUACUGCUGAAACUCUGGGAUUCAAGACUUAUGCCCCAGCAUAUCUAAGCCCGGAAGCAUCAGGGAAGAAUCUUCUAAUUGGUGCGAAUUUUGCUUCAGCUGCAUCUGGUUAUGAUGAUAAAGCUGCCACCCUAAAUCAUGCUAUCCCAUUGUCACAGCAAUUGGAGUAUUACAAGGAGUAUCAGAAAAAGUUGGCUCAGGUAGCUGGAAGUACUAAAUCUGCAUCCAUUAUCAAGGACUCAAUAUAUAUUCUCAGUGCUGGAAAUAGUGACUUCCUUCAGAACUACUAUGUCAAUCCUUUACUCAACAAAGUCUAUACUCCUGAUCAAUAUGGUUCAUAUCUUCUCAGUGUCUUCUCCAGUUUUGUUAAGGACUUGUAUGGAUUGGGAGCCAGGAAGAUAGGAGUUACCUCUCUGCCACCACUGGGUUGCCUUCCGUUGGCAAGAACACUGUUUGGGUGGCAUGAGAAGGGUUGUGUGUCUAGGAUCAAUAACGACGCCCAACAAUUCAACAAGAAGGUCAAUUCAGCUGCAGCAAACCUGCAAAAGCAACUCCCUGGUCUUAAGAUUGUGGUUUUUGACAUCUACAAGCCACUUUAUGACAUAGUCAAAUCUCCUUCAAAGAAUGGUUUUGUGGAAGCUACAAGAGGCUGCUGUGGAACAGGGACCAUAGAGACCACCUCUUUCCUGUGCAAUCCGAAGUCACUAGGAACUUGUUCUAAUGCCACUCAGUAUGUGUUCUGGGAUAGCGUACAUCCAUCUCAGGCUGCUAAUCAAGUCCUGGCUGAUGCAUUGAUUACCCAAGGCUUAAGCCUCAUAUGAUAAGACCCAUACCUACCUUUUACCCUUUGAAUCUGUUUUAUGUGUUCUACUAGUGUCUUCAGUAUCAUCAUGGAAAUUGCAAAAGCUUUUUCUAAUAUCAUGUACUAAAGAAAAUUCUGUUGCCAGUAAAAGAAGUUUAAUUCAAUUUUAUCUAGGAAGGGUUUUGAGUAGCCAAAUUGUAGAACUGUACACUCAAGAAAUAUUAAAGAGCUAG